CCGACUGUCACUAGACGAGGUCGGAACCUAGGACAGAAGAAUUACAAUAUUCAUGUUAAUGUAUUUUCACGUUUAAUCUACGAAUUUACAUCAUAUAUAACAUCGACUUUUGUAACCUGAUAUUAUAAAUGGAAACGGUUUAAUAACUUCAAAGGUUUUUUUUAUAACUUGUUUACAUGAGCUCUAUAUCCGAAAUUUGACGGAAAAAGCCGAACAUUUACGACUGAAAUAACUUCCUGAUGGAUUUCCAGUGGAUUUCCCCAUUCGAGUACAAAUGAACAAAAUGUUAUGAAAAUAACUAUGUGACGGGAUUGUCUACGAAAAUGAAAUAAUUUGUUUCAGAAACUUAUACCACGUACAGUAAAGUUAUACAGUGAACAGGAUAGAGAACUGAGAUGCCUGUAAAAGGAGAAUUUGGCCUGAAAAAGGGCAUUGAUUUACAUGGCGCCAUCAAUGAAUUGCCUGGAAAAAUAUAUUUAGAACUGAGAGACAAACUUAAUACUAAUCCUGAAGACAAAGAUUGGAGAGCUCUUGCUGCUGCAGUGGAAAAAAAGUACAAGAUAGACAAUACUACGAUUGCGAGUUGGUUACAGACUGGUAGUGCUGCUGGGAAACUGCUGACACAACUCAGCUCUCAGGGAAUGACAGUCAAAGAAUUGGCACACUAUUUAGAUACUAUAGAGAUAGAUACCUGCACUCUGGGAUUGUCACCUCCAGCGGAUAUAAACAUCAUUAAAGCACCCCCAACAGAGUUAGAGGUGUUUGAAGGGGAUCCAUUGGUUAUAGAAAUUGAUGCAACAGGUCGGCCGUUCCCAAAGUAUCAAUGGUAUUUUUGUCAGAAUGUGGAAGAUGACUAUAAGAAACUGCGUGGAAGAACAGAGAAAGUACUAAGAAUAAAUGAUGCUACAACUGGCAAUGCUGGAACAUACGCAUGUCAGAUAUCAAAUCACAGAGACCCAAGGAAAACCAAGUUAACCGACCAUAUAGUAGUGUCUGUGAUACCUAAACCCAUGCCACACAACUCAGGUCUGAAUCCGCCCAACAGGGAUGAUGUUGAAUACAAUCAAAAUACAAUAUACAAUCAAAAUGGGCUUGCAAGUUCCAGUUCCAGUUCUAAUGAUUUCAACCAAGUACUGAAUAAAAGAUGUUCUUCCCCUAGUGCGAGUCUAAUCUUAGGUCAACCUAGAGAUGUUCUUGUAGGAAUGAAUGAACCAUUUGUUUUGACUGUACAGACCUCUGGUAAUCCACCUAUCACAUAUCAAUGGUACAGGAAUGGUUUAAAAAUUCAGGGCCAAGUCUGUCCAAAGCUAAGAGUUCAGCAUGCAUCAGUAUUAGAUUUUGCCAAGUAUUAUUGUCUGGUCAGUAAUGGUUAUAAAACUGAACAAAGUAACACAGCAUCUGUUACAGAGAAAUUCCCUAAACCGGAAAGAAAUGUUGAAAUUGUGAUAGUGUCACAACCAAAGUCUGUAUGCGUGACGUUUGGGGGAUCUGUGUUGUUCAGUUGUGAAGCUAGGUGCUGUGAACCUCUGAAAUAUCAGUGGUUUAAAGAUGGAAAACCUCUUCAAGGUGAGGUGUCAUCAGACAUGAAGUUUAUGAAUAUACAAGAUCGUAUAAUGGAAGGAUUUUAUCAGUGUGAGAUUUUUGUUGACAGAAGAAAUGAAAACAUGCCGAGAAUGAUGACAGUAGGUGCUUGGCUGAAAGUUAAGAUACCAGAUGUGAAGGAUAAUAUAGAAUACAAUCCUUCAGAUAAAGUGGCUUUACUUAUUGGUAACUCGGAUUACAAGUGUCACAAAAGGUUAAAUGGGGCGAGUAUAGAUAUACGGAUGCUAGCAGAAUCAUUUCGAGCAUUGGAUUUCAGAGUUGUUUCCCUUUUGAAUCUCACUAAGUCUGAGAUGGAGAAUGCUGUGCUUCAUUUUAUUGACUUGUUAGGUAAAAACGUGUAUGCUGUUUUCUACUUUUGUGGACAUGGAUUUGAAGAACACGGAAUGUCAUAUCUCAUACCGAGCGAUGGUCCAACAGGAAGCACAGCCAAAGAGUGUGUUUGUGCACAAGAGAUUUUGGCGAAUAUACAGAAAAAGGAGCCACCAGUUAUAUUCAUGAUAUUAGAUAUUUGCAGGGAAAAACCAGCAAUAAGUUCACCAACAGUUGAACAAAUUGUCCCUAAAACAGAAAGAGGCAACACAGUAUUUUGCUAUGCAACGAGUGUUGGUUUGGGCGCUUUUGAAACCAGACAUGGAGGAUGUUUAGUUAAACAUCUGUUACCGUUGUUGCGGAGAAAAAUUGGCAUUGAUGCUCUAGUUUCAGAUGUAAAAGGAGAAUUUGCCAGAUUUAAAAGAGACAAUGAUCGGUACCCACAGAUACCCCAGCUGGUGUCAAAUCUGCUGGAAAAUCAGAGGUCACUGACAGAUAAAAUAUCAAAGAAAGGUCAAACUGAAACGUUUCAAGUGAGAGAUAUGAUUUGGAAUGCUGCCCAUGAAAAACCCGAGAAGCAAAUAAUACACUUUGAAGAAGUGGGUGCAUUGAUUGAGCUAGAUUUUCAGGCAGAAUUUUCCAAUAUGCUUCGUAUAUUUACUACUGUGAUAGACCAUGGUACAACACAGGACUGCGUGGGGAACAUAACAAACUUCUCACCACCCGUUUCUCAGGCAGGAAAAGUAGAAGUGUCUAAUAAAGGUACUCGAGUGGUGUCAAAAAUAUCUUUGCAAGAUAUACAAAAGUUGAAGGAAAACUUGAUAGUUGAUGUUACCAUCAUAUUUUUCAAGGACAACACACGUCAUAUUUUACAAAAACGGGUGAACCUUGGCCAGCCCCUUGUAGCUAAACUCAGACUUUGGGAGCAGUCUCAUCAUUUUACUCCUAACUUAAGGGAGGCAGUUCAACAAGACGAGGAGUGUGAUUGAACAAAUAAGACAAUUAGAAUCCACAGUUUUCACAAACACUUAUAAAAAUCCACAGUUUUUACAAAGAACAAUGACAAUCCACAGUUUUCAUAAAGAUAAAUGAGAAUCCAAAAUCCACACAAAGGCCAAUGAGAAUCCAAAAUCCACACAAAGGCCAAUGAGAAUCCUUUUUUUUCAAAAGUACCAAUGAGAAUCCAUAGUUUUCACAAAUAACAAUGACAAUAAAUGAAACCCAUUUUUACACCCCCGCACAACUAAGUUGUAAGGGGGGUAUACUGGAAUCAGCUUGUCCGUCCGGCUGUCCGGCCGUCAGGACGUCUGGUCGUCCGUCGGUUUUUCCUUGUCGGCCCAAUAACUUAAGAUUCCUUUGAUCCACAGCCUUCAUAUUUAGCAUAGAGGAUAGUCAUGACAAGUUUUUGAGGUUUUUGAGGUCACUGGGUCAAAGGUCAAGGUCACAGGGGCCUUGACUAUAAAAAGCUUGUCCGCCAAAUAACUUAAGAUUCCUUUGACCCACAGUCUUCAUAUUUGGCAAGAAGGUUAGUCAUGACAAAUAGAUGACCCCUAUUGAUUUUGAGGUCACUGGGUCAAAGGUCAAGGUUACAGGGGCCUUGACUAUAAAAACCUUGUCUGCCCAAUAACUUUAGAUUCCUUUGACCCAUAGUCUUCAUAUUUGGCAUGGAGGUUGAUCAUGACCAUAAGGUGAUCUCUAUUGAUUUUGAGGUCACUGGGUCAAAGGUCAAGGUUACAGGGGCCUUGACUAUAAAAACCUUGUCCGCCCAAUAACUUAAGAUUCCUUUGACCCAUAGUCUUCAUAUUUGGCAUGGAGGUUGAUCAUGACCAUAAGGUGAACUCUAUUGAUUUUGAGGUCACUGGGUCAAAGGUCAAGGUCAGGUCAAGGUCAAAGGGACCUUGACUUAAAAAAGCUUUUCCCCUCAAUUGCUUAAGAAUGCCUGUCCGCAGUGUAUUGAUUUUGACAUUUUCACAUUUGAAGCAUGUAGAAUACAUAACUUAGCAAUGCAAUGGCUUAGUAACCUUAAAUUUGGCAGGGAGGUUGUCCUUGAGCUCUAAAUGGCCACUGUUGAUUCUUACAAAGUGGUAUGCGGGGGUAUUCACGCCAUGACAGUGGCAGUUCUAGUUCACAAAGAACAAUGAGACAAAGACCAUGAGCAUAGGGAUGUCUUUAGGAAUUUUGUUAAAAAAUACACAGCAUGCUUUCUUAAUUCUUGUUUGUGAAAAAAGUGAGUUUAUUUUGAAGGUAUUGUUCUGAUAGAGAUUAUGUUUUAGUAUUGGCUGAAUGUAAUUCGACAUCCUAAGCAUUUUAUAUAACCAUAUUUCUUCUUGUUAAAACAUUUAUUCUUUAUAUGCAGAUUUAAUUUUACAAUCUGUCAUUUCUUUAAUACAUGCAUGUGUAACAGACAAAAAUUAUACAUUGUGUACCAGUAUUUGCAGUUCAUACUUUUUGAUUUUACUUUCAGUGAAUCUUAUAGUGAAGCUAAUUGUUACGGGUUUUUUCUCUUUAUUCUUCCUUUUGUCUUUCCAUUCUUUACUGCAUCGUUUCUCAUAGCACCUUCAUCUAUAUACUCUUAUGCUUACAUAUAGGCUAUAAUUAUUAUGUUAUAAACUUAAUUUGAUAUGAUGUUGUAUCAAAGUUAAAUGUUAUUAAAUACCAAUAAAGUUUCUGUGAUAACUAAAUGUUAGCCAA